AUGGCCGAUCCACAGGCGCCUUUCCGGACGGGAGUCGCGCCUCCCCCACCCGCAGCCCAGCUGCAAAAUGGCCCCAGUACCAACGUGGGCAAACCCGUGCCAGAGUUACUCAAGCACAAGUUACACUACCAAGACCUGUGUUGGUCAAUGGGACACCCCUACUCCAGUCAGGCCCCCCCUCCAGCAAAUUCGACUCUCCCGCCUCACACAUCCUUUAGCAGCCAGCCAAACCAGACUGUACCAUCCAGCAGGGGUGGGCAGGGUGGCGUCCCUCCCCCUCCCCUACCCGGACAGACCUACACCCCCCAGCAGAGGCCCGCCGGACCUCCCCCCGCAGGUCAGCAGUAUGGACCGCCCCAGGGUCUGGCCCCCCCACCCACAGGUCCGAGGCAGCCUGGGCCCCCAACAGCGACCGUGGCCCCGCUAACCCAGGCAAACACCCACCUCACCCCAUAUUACCAACCCACGGGUCACGGGGACACACCCGGGUCCUCAGGUCCGCCCUCUGCAAGGUCGUCCACCGCGCCCUCCCCCAUCCCCACGCAGAACUUUGACGCCAUCGAGGGAGGCGGAGUCAUGACGUCCUUCCCCGGACCCCCUGGCACCCAGAUGGGCCCUCCCAGCGGUGCGCCCACCAGCCAGGCAGGGAGGAGACAGUACGCACAAGAUCCGUCAAUACCAUCAUCAGGAGGGCAGCAGCCGGUCAGGGUGAGCGGGACCAUGGCACCAGUCCCCAGCACCCAGGGGAGCUUCCCACCACCCCCCGGUGCACAGCCCCCACCCUCGGGUUAUGCACCCUAUGGCCAGGUCCCCCCUCCCCCCACCAGCAUGGGCACAGCACCCCCUCCCAGCAGUAAAGGCUACGGACCCCCUGGGGGACAGGGGAUGAUGCCCCCGGGCUCACAAGGAUCCAUGCCCCCACCCCCCUCAAGUAUGGGGCAGUACCAGGGGGGUGUACCCCCUCCCCCCUCCUCACAGCAGCAGGGUGGCAUGCCCCCACCCCCCACCAGUAUGGGACAGUUCCAGGGGGGCCUCCCCCCUCCAGGUCAGCAGAGACCCCCCAUGCCCCAGGGGGGAAUGCCCCCACCCCCAGGGCAGCAGCCUGGCAUGUACGGACAACAGAUGCAGCAGACCCCCAAUGACCUUGCGGGUCCGUUUGGCCGACUGACGGUUCAGGGCGGCGAGUCGCGGGCGGUCAACCUGCUGCAGAACCGGAACAUCUGCCCAACGGAACCGGUCGAACCACCCAAGGCCAACCUGAGGGACGACCUGAAGAAAGUCAACACCAGUCCCGACCUGUUCCGGUGCACCCUGACAACUCUGCCACAGAACCAGAACCUGCUGAACAAGUGCAAACUGCCACUGGGCAUCGUGCUGCAUCCCUUCAAGGACCUCUCCCAUCUGCCCGUGAUCACGUCCAGCGUGAUCGUUCGCUGUCGCUCGUGUCGGACGUACAUCAACCCCUUCGUCACCUUCAUUGACAGCAGGAGGUGGAAGUGCAAUCUCUGCUAUAGGGUCAACGAUUUACCAGAGGAGUUUAUGUACAACCCUCUCACCAAGAGUUACGGAGAACCACACAAGAGACCAGAGGUCCAGAACUCAACCAUAGAGUUUAUAGCGCCUUCAGAAUACAUGUUGAGGCCGCCACAGCCGGCCGUGUACCUCUUCGUGCUGGACGUAUCCCACAAUGCCGUGGAGAUGGGGUACCUGCACUCGUUCUGCCGCGUGCUGCUCGACGAGCUGGAGAGAUUACCGGGCGACGCGCGGACCUCCAUCGGCCUGCUGACCUUCGAUAAGGUGCUGCACUUCUACAACCUGGCCGAGGGGCUGUCCCAGCCGCAGAUGCUUAUCGUGUCAGACACAGAAGAUGUUUUCCUGCCAUCCCCUGACAACCUCCUGGUCAACCUGCAGGAGUCAAAAGAGGGGCCGGCGCUGCAAGUCGCUCACAAGCUCAUGACCCCCACAGGCGGUCGUGUGUGCGUGUUCCAAUCCUGUCUGCCGUCGCUCGGACCGGGAGCGCUCAAGCCACGGGAAGACCCCAACCAGCGAGCAGGAAAUGCCGCCCAGAAGUUCUUCUCUCGCGGGGAGAAGGAAAAGGAUGUGCAGCAUUUGGGACCUGCCACGGAUUUCUACAAGCGGAUGGCGCUGGAGUGUGCCGGUCAACAGAUCGCAGUGGACAUGUUCUUCAUGCCUGGGCAGUACACGGACAUCGCUACUUUGUCUGGUGUGGCGAAAUACUCGGGCGGCUGCACGUUCUACUUCCCAGGGUUCCACCCGGUCCGCGCCCCGGCGCAGGUCACGCGGUUCGAGCGCGACUUGCGCCGGUACCUCACCCGGAAGAUUGGCUUCGAGGCGGUCAUGAGGAUACGGUGCACGAGAGGCCUGAGUAUCCACACAUUCCACGGGAACUUCUUCGUGCGCUCGACGGACCUCCUCUCGCUGCCCAACGUGAACCCAGACGCCGGCUUCGCCAUGCAGGUGUCGAUAGAGGAGGCCCUGGUGGACAGCAGCACCGCAUGCUUCCAGGCAGCACUGCUCUACACCAGCAGCAAAGGAGAGCGGCGGAUCCGUGUGCACACCAUGGCGCUGCCCGUCAGCAGUAACAUCACUGAGAUCUACGCAGGGGCCGACCAGCAGGCCGUCGUGGGGCUCCUGGCUCGGAUGGCGGUGGACCGGUCCAUCAUGUCGUCCAUACGCGACGCGCGGGAGGCCGUCAUCAACGCCUGCAUCGACUGUCUGGCGCAGUACCGCAGCUCGGUUGCCGGGCAACAGCUGGGCGCGCUCAUGGCGCCGUGGUCGCUGCGCCUCUUCCCGCUCUACACACUGGCCCUGCUCAAGCACCCUGCGUUCCGCCUGGGCACGAGCACGCGGCUGGACGACCGGGUCAACACCAUGAACCAGCUAAAGGCGCUGCCUCUGGCGGCUAACAUCAUGGCGCUCCACCCGCACAUGUACGCUGUGCACAACCUUAAUGACGAGGGAGCCCUGACGAUCCGAGACCAGAUCAUCCCCCAGCCCCCGAUCCUGUCCCUGUCGUCAGAACGGCUCAGCAGAGACGGAGCCUUCCUACUGGACGAUGGAGAGGGCAUGUACAUGUUCGUGGGCCGGUCCAUCUCAGUCCGGUUCUGCACUGAUGUGCUGGGCACGGAGAGUUUUGCUGCUAUUCCUGAUGUGAUGUUUGAGCUCCCAGAGCUGGAUAACGCAGACUCGGAGCGUGUCCGGAGUUUCGUGGGCUGGCUCCGAGAACAGAGACCUUUCUUCCCGCCCCUGCAAAUUAUCAGAGAGGACAGCAGACAGAGGAUGGUGUUCCUGCAGCACCUUGUGGAGGACAGAUCCGAGUCCAUGUUCUCAUAUUACGAGUUCCUCCAGCACAUACAGAAGGAGGCCUGCAAGUAACGCCCCCUACCCCUCACGGCCUGAACUGCGGGGCCGAGACAGGCUCAAUUUUAUUGCAAAGUUCUGACGUAAUAAUUGCUUCAUGUAAAUUUCGCUUUAGUUAAACAAAUUUUGAAGGAUGUUAUAGAUACGAGCUUAUGUCAAUCUGUAUGAUAAUUUUGCGAAA